GGCGCAAGGCCGCGGUGGCGGCGCUCGGCGAGGGUAACAAUGGCAGCGGCAGUGACUGCAGGUGGCGGCCCCGGCCCCGGGGCGGCGGCGGGGCUGGCGGCACUGUCCGUAUCGCGGCGGAAGGACGGCGGCCCCACGGGCAAGUUCUGGGAGAGCCCGGAGACGGUGUCCCAGCUGGAGGCGGUGCGGGUCUGGCUGGGGAAGCACUACAAGAAGUAUGUUCAGGCAGAUGCUCCGACCAAUAAAACAUUGGCUGGGCUGGUGGUGCAGCUGCUGCAGUUCCAGGAAGAUGCCUUUGGGAAACAUGUCACCAAUCCUGCCUUCACCAAACUUCCUGCCAAGUGCUUCGUGGAUUUUAAAGCUGGAGGUACAUUAUGUCAUAUUCUUGGUGCUGCUUACAAGUAUAAGAAUGAACAGGGCUGGCGGAGGUUUGAUCUGCAGAAUCCAUCGCGAAUGGAUCGAAAUGUGGAGAUGUUCAUGAACAUUGAAAAAACACUAGUGCAGAAUAAUUGUCUGAGCAGACCAACAAUCUACCUCAUUCCAGAUAUCGAACUGAAGUUGGCUAAUAAACUAAAGGAUAUUGUCAAACGGCACCAGGGAACCGUGACUGAUGAGAAGGCAAAGGCCACCCACCAUAUUUAUCCUAAUCCUACCUCACUGGAUGAUGAUGAAUGGUGAGACCUGUGAGAAGAAGAUAAGCAGGUGUUGGUGCACUGGGUUUACCCAGACAGCUAUGAUACUUGGGUUCAUGCUACUGACAUUGAAGCUGAAAUUGAAGAUGCUCCAAUUCCAGAAAAACCAUGGAAGGUUCAUGCCAAAUGGAUUCUGGACACAGAUAUAUUCAAUGAAUGGAUGAAUGAAGAGGAUUAUGAGGUGGAUGAGAACAGGAAGCCAGUGAGUUUUCGCCAGCGAAUCUCUAUGAAGAAUGAAGAGCCUGUCCGUAGCCCUGAGAGAAGAGACAGGAAAGCAGCAGCGAGUACUAGGAAAAGAAAGCAUUCACCUUCUCCUCCCCCCACUCCUGUGGAAUCAAGGAAAAAGACUGGAAAGAAAGGACAAGCAGGACUGUAUGGAAAAAGACGAGGUCAGAAAGAAGAGGAUGAGCAAGAAGAUCUUACCAAGGACAUGGAGGACCCAACACCUGUACCAAACAUAGAAGAAGUGGUACUUCCCAAAAAUGUGAACCCAAAGAAAGACAGUGAAAAUACGCCAGUGAAAGGAGGAACAGUAGCAGACCUAGAUGAGCAGGAUGAAGAGACAGUUGCUACAGGAGGAAAGGAAGAUGAAGAUCCCAACAAAGGUGAUCAGAGUCGAUCCAUUGACCCAGGUGAAGACAAUGUCACAGAACAGACCAAUCACAUAAUUAUUCCGAGCUAUGCAUCAUGGUUUGACUACAACUGUAUUCAUGUAAUUGAACGCCGCGCUCUGCCAGAAUUCUUCAAUGGGAAAAACAAGUCCAAGACUCCAGAAAUAUACCUGGCUUACCGUAACUUCAUGAUUGAUACAUAUCGCUUAAACCCUCAGGAGUACUUGACCAGCACUGCCUGCAGAAGGAACCUGACUGGAGAUGUAUGUGCUGUAAUGAGAGUGCAUGCCUUUCUGGAGCAGUGGGGUCUAGUGAACUACCAAGUGGAUCCAGAAAGCCGUCCCAUGGCAAUGGGCCCUCCUCCUACUCCUCACUUCAAUGUGCUUGCUGAUACCCCCUCUGGACUUAUGCCUCUUCAUCUCCGAGCUCCUCAGGUCCCUGCUGCCCAACAGAUGUUGAGCUUUCCUGAGAAAAACAAAGAAAAGCCUACUGACCUGCAGAAUUUUGGACUUCGCACAGACAUUUACUCAAAGAAGACCUUGGCAAAGAGUAAGGGAGCCAGUGCUGGAAGAGAAUGGACAGAGCAAGAGACACUGCUGUUACUAGAGGCUCUGGAGAUGUACAAAGAUGACUGGAAUAAAGUCUCUGAGCACGUUGGGAGUCGCACCCAGGAUGAAUGCAUUCUCCACUUUCUGAGACUUCCCAUAGAGGACCCUUAUCUGGAGAACUCUGAUGCAUCCUUGGGCCCAUUGGCUUACCAGCCUGUACCUUUCAGCCAGUCUGGAAACCCAGUGAUGAGCACUGUUGCUUUUUUGGCAUCUGUGGUAGAUCCUCGGGUGGCAUCAGCUGCAGCUAAAGCUGCUUUAGAGGAAUUUUCUCGGGUCCGAGAGGAGGUACCACUGGAACUAGUUGAAGCCCAUGUCAAGAAAGUGCAGGAGGCAGCAAGAACCUCUGGGAAGGUGGAUCCAACAUAUGGACUAGAGAGCAGCUGCAUUGCUGGAACAGGUCCAGAUGAGCCAGAGAAGCUUGAUGGAGUUGAAGAAGAAAAAAUGGAAACUGAGACAGAUGGGCAACAGUCAGAAAAGGUUGAAAGCAAAGGAGAAAGUGAAAUAGAGGAAAAUGAUAAGGUUCAGGAAGGAGAAAAUGAGAGAAAUCCUGAAAAGGAGCAGGACAGUGAAGUCACGUCUGAUACCAAGUCAGAAGAAAAGGAGGCAGAAGAGAACAAGGAAAACGUUGAUGCGUGCAAAGACAAAGAAAGCGAUGCUGGAAAGAAGAAAGAGGAACACGAAAUCUCUGAAGGAAAUGUAGCUACAGCUGCAGCUGCUGCUCUUGCCUCAGCUGCCACCAAAGCAAAGCACCUAGCAGCAGUGGAAGAGCGAAAGAUCAAGUCCUUGGUAGCCCUUUUGGUGGAAACACAAAUGAAGAAACUGGAGAUCAAACUUCGUCAUUUUGAAGAGCUGGAAACAAUCAUGGACAGAGAGAAAGAGGCAUUAGAACAGCAGAGGCAGCAGUUGCUGACGGAACGACAGAACUUCCACAUGGAGCAGCUGAAAUAUGCAGAAUUAAGGGCCCGCCAGCAAAUGGAGCAGCAGCAUAGUCAGAACACACAACAAUCACACCAGCAUUCCAGUGGGCCUGGCAUGAACCCACUUGGGGCACCGGGUCAUCCAGGCAUGCUGCCUCAUCAGCAGCCCCCUCCAUACCCUAUGAUGCACCACCAGAUGCCCCCCCCUCAUCCACCACAGCCAGGACAGAUGCCAGGGCCAGGUUCAAUGAUACCUGGGCAGGCCAUCCCAGGCCGGAUGAUGUCAUCUGUGUCAGCCAACAUCCACCCAGCCAGCGGUGGCCCUCCCCCAUCUGGCAUACCACCAAUGUCAGGAAACAUAAUUGGACCUCGUGUUCCCCUAGCAGCUCCAAAUGGCAUGUAUCCCCCUCCAUCGCAGCAGCCACCACCACCAGCUGAUGGGGUGACUCCACCUACAGCGGGAGCAACUCCGGCCUCAGCAGCUCCCUAACGCAUCCAACAACAACUAAUUUCUAGAGCUGAUCCCUAGAACCAAGAUAGUGGCGACCAAAAAUGGAUUUCCUCAGUUUCCUUCUGUUCCUUUCAGGGGAGUUUGGUCUCCUGUCGGCCUGCCUGCACCUCCUCCCCUCUCACCGACUUUAUGGUCUGGCAUUAUUUGGUUGUACUCCUUUGGGGAGCUCUUACACUGAACACAUUGAGCAGUAAUGUUACCUUCAUGUUGCUGGCAGGACGUCCUUCACACGUUUGUCUGUUUACCUUAUGGAAUGAGUGCUCUGCGCUGGUUUUCCUUUAUCUUGCUGCUUCUGCUGAUUAAUCUUUGGAUUCUCUUUAGAGAUGGAGAGGGGCUUUUAGGUUGGAGGCAUAACUGAAUAUUAGGCUGUAGUAGGUGGUGGGUUCCAUCCAUAGUCUCUGAGGUGUAAUCUACUGUGCAGUGUGCAAGGCAUCGAGUAAAUAGAACAACCAGUGGCUUGAGCACAUAAGGGAGAGUGAGGGAGGAGUUCUCCUUCCACUGCCUUGGAGCGGAAGCUUUGUUAAUUCUGACCAUAUUCAUUACAGGUAGAUAAUCAUUAAGGACAAUAGCUGAGCCCCAAGGCUGCCUUGCUAACUUAUUAAAGAAAAUAUUGAUCCGAUGUGAAUAGAGCCAGGAGUGAAUCAGUUAGAAUCAAACCACUCUGAGCUUUAUUGCUCCAGUUUAUAUUUUAUUUUGUGUUUAAUUGGAAGGAGGAGACGUUUGUAGUUGAAUCCUCUUCCUUCUGGGUAGUUUGGUACAGUAGCCAACUGAGGAAUAAAAUAAUUUUUAGUCCCUCUGUU